AUUUGAUGUAAGUUUAAUUUAACUUGAAUGUAUUUUGUAUGGAAUUCUUCAUAUUGAUGUUACUAACUUAUUUAUUCAUUGUUUUGUUAAUAGGAAUUAAAAGAGUGUGAUAGUGAAUUAGGUAAUAGAAUUGGAAAGAAUCAACUUGAGACAUAUUUGGAGGAACCAAAUCUAGGUUUUCGAUUUAUGGAGCACGUGGAUGUCUUGGAAUGGUGGAAAAAUAAUAGUCUAAGAUUUUCUGACCUAUCAAUAAUGGCUAGAGAUCUCUUAAGCAUCCCAAUAACAAUUGUGGCAUCAGAAUCUUCUUUUAGCAUUGGGUCUCGGAUCCUUAACAAAUAUAGGAGUCGACUCUUACCCGAGAAUGUCGAAUCCAAUAUUUGCCUUUCUAGUUUGAAGCAUGGUUUUGUUGAGGAAGAUGGAGAAAAUAUUACUUACAAAAAUGUGGUGGUAAAUGAAGGGUCCUCCAGUGUUGCUUCCAAUGUUAUAAGCAUGGAAGAUGAAGAACAAUAGACUACAACCAUGAAGAUGUUUCUAUGUUUUGGACUGUUUUUUAUUUGAACUUUGUUGGUUUGGUGUUUUCGUGUUCUAGACCACUUUUAUGGACUCUUUUA